AUGGAAAUCUCUCAUUCUUCAUCAACAAACCCAAUCAUCUUCUUUUCCAUUCUCAUUCUCCUCUUCAUCAACUGUUCAGCUCGUCACCACCAAACCUCCGAUCAUGAACAUUCCGGCGAACUCAAAACUACAUCCAACUUCCAACUCCCAAAUAUCAAUCCAGGAAUCACCAAAAUCUGUCAUGAUACUGAUUACUUCGACGUUUGCGUUUCCUCAAUCGCUCCUUUACUAAAAGGUCGUGAAGGAACUAGCGAUAUCCCAUCUGUCUUACAAAUCGCAAUCCAAGCCGCAACUGAUAAAACAAAAGACGCACUUGCUGAACUCGAACGCAUUGCUUCUGAUUCAGGAAGCUCAAAACAAUUGAAAUCAACUUUGAAUGAUUGCAGGGACAGUUAUAAUGAUGCACUUGAAAAUUUUCAGUCUGCGUUGGACGCACUUCCAUCUCGCGAUGUUGGGACGAUGAACAGCAUGUUGAGUGCUUGCGUUACGGAUUUUGGCGAUUGCGAUGAUUUCCUUGAUGGAUUUGAAGUUUCACUUCCGGAUAUUAAUCGAAAACUUACUCAGAUGACUAGCAAUUGUCUUGCUAUUUCUUCACUCCUUAACUGA